CUCUGGGAUCCUCAGAAUCUGACACAGCAGCCUUAUAAAACAAGGAGGCUCUACAUUUCUCUCUGUUUCGCAGUCCUGUUUUCCCGGCCAACCGUGUCGCAGCAAGCAAACAAACAAGCAGGCAGUCCCUCCCUCCGAGUCCGACGAUUACACUUGAGGUUUGACUUCUGGGAGACAGAGCUCAGGUUCUCCGACAUCAAUGUCAGACUCACUUCGAAAAAUAUUUUAAGGGUCAAAGCCUCUCCUCAGAAGGGAUUUUUACAGCGCGGAAGUUGAGUUAGUCUGGAAGAUCUUGUACGGAUUAUAUAAGUUGAAGAACUAUUGGAGUGGGGGAGAGAGAAUGAUUCUUUUUUCUUUCUUAGAAUGAUUUUCCGGGAAACAGGACGGAAAAGAAAAAGUGGGUGCGCAGUGGUAAAUGAUAAAUUUUGUAAAGAGCGGUGGAAGCGGGAGCGAGUAAUAUGUGUGCGAAAUUAAAUGCCAUAGCUAACAAUAUUAAUUAGGGGACCAUUGUUGCACAUCUCUCUGUUCUAUCAGAUAGUAUUAAUUGCAGAGAGGGCAUCUCCCCUCCCCUUGCCUUGCCUUCUCUUAUCUUCUCCUCUCCUCCUCUCCCAGUUGUGAGUUGACCAUUUAUCAGGCUUUCCUAGAUAAAAAUAAAUAAAUAUACGCUUCUUUAUAACUAAAAUCUUUCUCUCGAAGCUGGCUACAUGCGUGCAUACUCUUCUUCUCCUUCCUCUCGCCGGCUUGGGCUUUGAUUGAUUUCCAGUUCAAUUAAAAGCAUGGGAUGUCUUUCUCUCGGCUUCUCAUCCACCUCAGGGUCGCUUAGUUGCUUACACUUAUCAGAGCUAUUGUAAGCUUGAAGUCUCACACACAGUUGCUUCAGGAAUUUAUUCCAUCUUUCCCUUCCCUGUAGGCAUGAAACUUGGUAAUAACAUAGUUUUCCCUCUCAUUGGAGUCUAUUUUUUGUAUGUAAGUCCUGGAUCUGGCACAUACUUUUUCUUUCUCCACAUUACAAUUAGCAGCCCUAUGUUGUACAAGAGUGGGGGAGAGUAUCUUGUCUCAGCAUUGGUAGCGUAAGCAAGUUUGAUAUAGGUCAUCUAUAUGCUUAAAUUCUCUCCCUUGAUGAAUGGAGUAUUCACUUGAGAAUCCGACUUCUUCGAGGUGGGUUUAUUUCGUGCACUGUUAGAUGAAUUUUGGUGAACUAAUGAUGCUAACAUGGCUGUAAAACUAAUUCUGUUAAACCAUGCACUGUAUAUGCCCCUGUUCGUUUUCCUUUGCCAUUACUAAUCGUCUCAGAAUGAGCUAGUAUAACUUUCUGUUAGGCCAAGGCACUUUUGGUCUUAAUUUUCCAUGAAGUACAUUUCAAACUCCAAAAGUCACCGGAUUCAUUUUUGUGAGUCCUUAACAUGAUACAGAACCUGAAUGAUAUAUCUUCCUGGUUUCAUUUGCAUUGGCAUUCCAACAUUUAAUUUAUUUGCAGAUAGUGAGCCAGUGCUUUCCCAGUCAACUCUUGGCCAUAAGACUGAUUCAAAAUCUUUUGAAUACGAUAACAAUGUCUUGGCUUCUGCUAUGAAGUCUCAAAAUCUGAUCAUAACUGAAAAUCAGGAGAGGCUUUCAAAGGGCACUGAGAGAAAUGCAGUGCAAUUACCAUAUGCCAUAAAUGACAGAGAUGGUUGGACAGCUAUAAAAUUUGAUUGUUCCAUGAUCAUGGAUGAUUUGAAAAAUGAAAGUGAAGAUGAGGUCAGAGAUUUUGUUGCAUCACAUACCCAUUCUUCAAGAAAAACAGGAUUUUUUGACAAGGACUCGGAUUUUGUCAUGGACAAAGGUGUUAUGGAAUGUGAAUUGCCAGAGUUGACAGUUUGCUACAAAGAGAAUGGUUAUCAUGUUGUCAAAGACAUCUGCAUUGACGAGGGAGUGCCUUCCCAGGAGAAGAUCUUGUUUGGGAGUGGCAGAGAUACGAAGACUGUGCUCAUUGUUCAUCCUCCAGAGAAGGAUCAAAACAAAGUAUUGUUGAAAGAAAAAGAAGACACUGAGAUUUACAGUCCAGAUGAAUUAAUGUUUUCGUCAGAAAAUGAUUCGAAGAAGAAUUCAGCUAAUCAAUUCGAUUCCAAGGAUUUGAUACAGACAGAGGAAGAUGCCACUGAGAGUAUUCUGAAUGAUGCCACUGAAGAAAGGCUUUUACCUGGAAAUAAGCUUCCAAUGCUGGAGAGGGACAAGUGUGCUUUCCACUUAAAUUGUUUGAACAUUGACAGCAAAGACGUGGAACAACAUCCCUCUCAGGUGAUCUCUGGUGAAAAUGUAAUCUUGGCUAGCCCUGCUUUGGUGUCUGGAGUCGAAGAAUCAAACAAUAGUGGCAGGAUUUCAAUGUUGGCAAGCUCAACUUCGGUUUAUGCAGCGAAAGAAUCUAACAAUAGUGCUGUGGAUUCUAUGUUGGCAGGCCCUGCUCUGGUUUCUUCAGCUGAAGAAACAAACCACAGUACUGGGGCUCAAAUCUUGGCAACCCCUAAUCUGGUUUCUGCAGCUGAAGAAUCAAACAAUAGCAGUCCUGUCAAUGAGUUCUUUUACAAUAGCAAGGAGGAAAGAGGAGGCAUCACUUUCGAUUCUGACUCUUUAGCACCUGCAGCUAGUGCCAGACAGGAGGGUCCUGAAACUCAAAAUACGUCCAAGUUUGAAAAUUUAAUUUCUGAUGCUCAUGAUACAGAUUCGAGGCAACUUCAUCAUUCUCAGGGAGAGACAAGUUUUUCUGCGGCAGGUCAGGGAGAGGAGGUUUUUCCCGUGGUGGGUACCUUUUCAAGUCUUAUAAAUUACUCUGGUCCAAUAGCUUACUCUGGCAAUGUCUCUCUUCGCUCAGAUAGCAGCGCCACCAGCACGCGUUCCUUUGCCUUUCCCAUAUUACAGUCUGAAUGGAAUAGCAGUCCAGUGAGAAUGGCAAAAGCUGACCGGAGACAUUUGCGGAAGCAUAAAUGUUGGAGGAAGGGCUUUCUUUGCUGUAGAUUCUGAAUGCUUUGUUUCCAUCCAUAGGUUGAGAAUCUGAUUUUAUUUGUACAUCACCAACAAAAGUUUUGUUUAUUGAAUAUAUAUAUGAUAAAUUUAUACAUCCUUUUCUCCAGUUUAGUAAUUCAUUCAAAAGCA